AUGCUGCGCCGUCAAACCCGCGAACGUCGCGAUUAUCUCUACCGGAGAGCUCUGCUGCUCCGCGAUGCCUCCAUUGCUGAGAAAAGAGCCCAGCUGAAAGCUUCAUUGGCUUCUGGAAAGCCUUUGGAUCCCACGAUUGCAGACGAUAAGGCUCUUCGAGCGGACUUCAAAUAUGACGAAUCAAAAGACGACACUGAGAUGGACAUCGACGACGAAUACGUUUUAACAUCCGGAAUUAUCGAUCCCCGUCCUCUGGUCACCACUUCUCGCUCCCCCUCUGCUCGCCUCGGUGCCUUCGCAAAGGAAAUCCGUCUUCUUCUCCCCACUGCUAUCCGUCUCAACCGUGGAACCCUCGUUCUGGGAGAUAUGGUCUCCAGCGCAACCUCCGCCGCCUUGACAGACAUGCUCCUCCUCCACGAGCACCGUGGUACUCCCACCGCCCUCACCAUUUCACAUCUCCCCCACGGCCCGACUGCCAGCUUCUCCCUUCACAACGUCGUUCUGCGCGCAGAUAUCCCGAAUUCUGCUCGUGGUACCGUGUCGGAGAGCUACCCGCACCUGGUCUUUGAGGGUUUCACCACUAAGCUGGGUGCCCGUGUUGUUCAGAUCCUGAAGCAUCUCUUCCCGCCCCGUGAGACUGGCAAGGUCGGCAACCGUGUUGUCAGCUUUGUGAACAAGGAUGAUAACAUCGAGGUGCGCCACCAUGUCUUUGUCAAGACUGGAUACCGCGAUGUGGAGCUGGCCGAGGUUGGCCCACGCAUGACUAUGCGCCUGUUCGAAAUCCGUGGAGGCACCUUGGAGAAGGGCUCUAGCGGUGAUGUUGAGUGGGCCCUUACUCAAUACACAAGAACCAGUAAGAAGAAGGAUUACCUGUAA